AGUGUUUCUCUUUUACCUAACGAGGUCGAAAUGGCGACGCGCUGCAUGUGAAGGGGUCGGACGAGGUGAACCGGAGCCGGCUUUAUGAAACGAGAUCAUGUACAAAACACCAUGUAGCAGACUGUCAGGUAAUGCGAAACCUUAUAUGCCUUUAUAUAUAUAACCUGUUUUUACAUUUAAACGUCAUCUUAAUGUAAACGGCUGAUAACUUCCGUGAAAGCUAAGCUGUUAGCUUUAGCAUGUAGCUCUGCGAAGGUGUUUGUGUGUCGAGCUGUGACCUUAAAAAGGAGUCAGACACAUCCCGUUUUACUGUAAUAAGGUGUGAUAUUUGAUAUCCAUAACUAAUGGACUUUAACCGGGUUUAUAACCUUAAAAAAAACGCAUUAAUGCCUUUAAACUGAAGCUCAUAAUGUCAAUACAGACUGGAGAUUGUGUCACUGUUUGCUCUCUGUUAUUGUUUUUGUUUCUACUUUAAUGUCUUUCACUGCUUCGAGCUGCUGCAGGUAUUUUUAGUUUAGGAGCCACUUUGACUAAAAUGAGAUGUCACCCUGUUACUGUCCUCAUAUGACCCACAGAGGUUUUUAAUAGCUGUAAAAUCCCAGUUUAGAAAUACAGAGAGGAGACCUCUCAUCUGACUCAAGCUUGAUCCAAAGGCUGACAUGUUUAUAUGAAUUUAUAUUAAACAGACACAUUACUGAAUAUCUAUAUCUGGAAAAUACAGGUAUGAGUUACAGUAGAAUCAGAUGGUGUUUGUCUUGUCUUAUGUCUGUUUCUAAAACAAUAACAUUCAGUAUAAUGCCCUCCAACACACCAACAAUACCUGCUACUACUUCAGUAAACAGUAUUAAGAACAGUUUUCACCUUUUAAUGAAAACUAAGAAUGUGGGAGUGUAGUUAAAGUCAUAAAAGUUAUGCUUGUGCUGUGUAUUAGUUAGCUCUGGAUUACUCAGGUGUUUAAAAAGAUGUGGUUGGAAGUAGGGCUGGACGAUAAAGGAAAAAGUUUAUCAUGAUAUAUUUUUUUCAUAUCAGUUUAUAUCAAUGUAUAUUGCGAUAUAAAAAAUAAAAUUUAACAGUGCUUAUUGUUAGCAUGUCCUUUGCAUUGCAAUUAGCUACUGCAUCUGUGAGGUCUUUGUGUCUCUUCAACAUUUUUGUCGUUGGGCGAUAAAACAUCGUUGCAUUGCUUGUGCGCUGCUUCAGGUGGCAAAAAAGAUUUGAGGUAGUCCCCGACUUUGUGAGAACAUGUUCUCGACAUAAUUUGCAGUACACAUUACUCUGCUUCAUGUCCGACCUAAAAAAAACAAAAUACCUCCACACCACCAAUGUUUUUGUGUCAGUGUUGUUGACGAUGUUGUCAUCUGUUGAGCCUUCAUCUGCAUUUCUGCCAGGGAUAGCACUCAUUUUCUUUUUUUCUUACCAACAGCGCUUUACGUGUUAAGGUGCUAUGGUUGCGUGUAGCUGCAGCCUGCUACUACGCAGUUGUUUGUUACUUGGUUCUAAUUCAGCACAUGAUUGGUUCAUAUAUCCUACAUAAAUCCUCUCCUUUCUUCAGUUGCUUACACAUAACAACCCCACAGCAGUAUUGUUACAAAGUUCUGCCUCCAUCGUACCUUUGUUGACCCUGCAGUGGUGUGAUUUUUACCUCAUAUUAUGGUGGUACAUGAUGAAUAGGCUUGUCAGCACUCAGUGAAAGCUCCACACAUAAUCAAACGCACUUAGGUUUGUACACCCACAUACAAUGUUACAGUAGUUUUCACUCUCAAGUGUUUUGUUGAUUACUUUCUAAGUUAAUUGCUUUAUUAUGUGUAGAAUGAUGAGAAAAGGUUAAAGAAUGUUAAAGGUAAGAAUGUGAAAGAUAUUUCAAAAGUCUUUAUGUUCUUUAGAUAGAGACCUUGAGAUUCUCUGUUUACUGUUUCUUGUGUAUUACAGAAAGUAUGAAACCAAACCAACAGUAUUUUCUUGUAUGACUUCAUAUUUGUUUUCUUAUAUUCUUGUAGGUUUAGUCGGUGCGAGCGUGAAGCAGAAAUUAACACGAUGUAACCAGAGCGCUCGCAGCCUCAUCCAGCUGCACAGAAGAGACCCUUCAAACUGGCUGACGUACCAGCAUCUUAACUUCCUCAAACGUCAGGUAAAUUUUCCCCUUUUUCUGCAUCCUCUGAUUUUCACAGAUUUUUGUGGUGUAUACCGUCUGCAUUCAGUGUAACCACCUCUUUUCUUUUCAGUAUGUAACAAAAAAGACCAGUGAGCUUCACCAAAGAGCCAUCCCCAAACAGGCUCCCCUCCUGACCAUAGUGGAUGAGAGAGAUGACAGCAUCGAGCGACAGGUGCAGAGGAUACCAACCAUCAACCCUGCGGAGACAGACACAGUCUCACAGCCAGGAGAUGUCAACAGUACGGCACAGCCGGAAAUUUCCCCCCUGGAGGGCGAAUCGGGAGACGUGAAAGUACAUGCAGAAGCUCUCUCCAGCACAGUUUUAACUCCAGAUGAGACUCCUCACAUCCAAGUGGAGUCAGAGGAGGCGAGAGAGGCGCGGCUGGACAAACAGUGGAAGAUGCUGAAGGUGGAGGUGGCAGAUUUACCGGAUGUUUACGCCAAGCUCGCCAAAAUCAAACUCACAGGUAGAAACAUCUUUAUUCUCAUAUCUCAAGGCCCUUAUACACCAGGACGGGAAAACGUCGCUAAUGUGAACGCUUGUUUUGACAGGAUACGGGUUAAAAAAAAAUAUUGACGUCAGAAAUAAUCGCACGAAAAAAACAUUCCCAGUGUGAAAGGACCUUAAAGUAGGGGUGUCCCGAUACAAGUUUUUUUUUUUACCUCCGAUACGAUACCGAUAUUGUAGCCUUCAGUAUUGGCCAAUACUGAUAUUGAUCCAAUAUUAGCGCAGACUUGUGCAUGACAAGUUUUGCCCUCAGCUGCAAUGUCUUUUUCGGAAUUUAACGAAAAAUACUGCCACAUGGCCAACAUCACUCCUACUCUUUGCUGCUUUGUUAUUACCGUAGUACACACUGAUGUUGGGAUAAUGUGGGCUCUGCAUGCUAGAUCCAGGUGCUGCUAGAUAGAGGUGCCAGAGUGGAGUCAGGCAGUUAUAAUCCAAUAUUCUUUUUUUUGCUGAUAUCGGAUCGAUAUCCAAUAUCGGUAUCAGAUCGGGACAUCCUAAUCUAAAGUUAUCAUGGAUGAACCUCUACUUAAAAUAGUAAAAAUAAUAACAAUGAUUGCAUGACUCUGUGUAUUUGAAGCUCUAGAAAUAACAGUUUUUGUCUCAUCUUCCUUGUUGAUUUCAGCGCUGGUGGUAACGACCGCGGCGGCUGGCUUUGCGAUGGCUCCGGUGCCCUUUGACCCUCUCCUCUUCUUCGUGGCAUCUCUGGGAACAGGCCUCGCCUCGUGCACUGCCAAUUCAAUCAACCAGGUCAGUUACAUUUCUGAUUUUGUCCGCUUACUUUUCUCUCUGACGAAGCAAACCACGGGGUAGGAAGGUGACGGAGACUUUGGCGUCGCUUUGAUUUCGGACUCAUGACUGUUAGAUCGCUCUGAAUUUAAAUCACUGUGAUGUGUGAUUGUUGUCUUUAUACUUAAACUUUGUGAUCCUGGAGUUUGAUCAUCACAUAAUUCCAACAAAAGCCUCAGAUUACACAGGUGUAUCCAAUCAACACAGCGUAAAAUUAACAAUUCAACACAACCCUUCAACUCGCAUUACUCAAAUCCCCAACAAUCUCAAACACAUGGCUUGUGUAAUUGUUUCAAGAGUUGCAGUAAACAGUGCAGAUGUUCUUGGUUGUAAAUCUGUUUAUUUCUUAAGUACCAAUUUCCUUUUUGGAGAGAAAUGGCGUGGACUUUUCUCAGAGCUGGACGGAUAUCUGUCGGUGUUAAAUGAGUAAUACGGCUCUCAUUGACUUCUCAUAAAAACACGACUUUUCUUCUUCUUGACGGACACUUGCGUCUGCGUCAGUAACAGUUAAACUCAUCCCUUUGUUCCUCGUUCUGCAUUCUUCCUUCGCUACGUAUUCCAAAAAUGCACCUAGCUGGUUGUAAUGCUGUUAUUAUUUCUCCGCUGAAAGCUUUUUUUUUCUGAAGCUAUAAACCAAAGAGAGCUCGGAGCAGAGACGCUCACAGCGAGUUAUAUAAGUAGGGCCUCUAAUGUUGUCACUGUCUGCAGGAAUUUGCUCCGUGACUCAAGAAUAUUAGGAUAAUGGGUGACCUCUCCCUCAGCCUCAGAUUGAACUCUGUUUAGUAGUGUCUUCAGCCUGUAAUUUGGCAGAGGCCGUGAUUACACUACAGGUUCCUGCCCUCAGGGCCGAGCCUCCCUUUGUCAGUGUUACAACAGCUGUCUUUAAAAUGUCGUGAUGCAGCUCAAAAUGUCUUUAAGUGUAUAAGUUAAUGAAGCUGAGAGCGAGAUGUUUGUCAGAGAAAUCAGUGUCUCUUCAAAGAUGUUUGUUUUCUGUCUUGCAAGAGUCAAAAAGUUCCAAAGAGUUAGGUUUUGUAUCGGCGCUGUAACGUCUGUGAGUGUUUGAGAACUGUGCUGAAGUUCUCAGUGAGGCUGAUAUGGAUGAUCCUGAACCUGAACCAGCUCUCUGUAGUAAAGAUACACUGUAAGCCCUCCAUCUGUGCCACCUCAGGGUGACAUCUGUGGAUACAAAUCUGCAAAUAUUUGCUCACUUCUGUUUUUAUAGUCAGGCCUGAAGACCUCCUGCACGGUGACGGAAAUCCGGCUCAGGAUUUGUUUUUUUUUUCUACAUCAUGUCAAAAAAAACAAAAAAAUCCUAGUUAGAUAGAUCUGAAUAUGACGAGUAGAAUAAGAAGAACUUUAUAGAUCCCCAAAGGGAAAUUCAAUAAUAAUACAGCAUUACCCUGGAUACCCUGGCAUCCUACCGGAGAAGAAGAGGCGGUGAACGGUAAAUUUCGGGCUGUGUCCGAAAUGAAUCACUCAAUCCUUAACCCCUAACCCCCAUAUGGGGUUUUACUAUAUAGUUAACUAUGUAGUGAACUCAAUCAAAGGGCGGUUUCGGACAAGACGCAAUGCAUGACAGGAUGCCUGCCAUCGUUGAGUGACCAUCGGACGGUCAUUACAUUUUGCAAUUCUUUAUGGGAAAUUUUGAGUCACCUAUAUUGGGCACUGGAAUUGAUCAUUGAGGUUUCGGACACACCUCAAAAUGGCGCUAAGUCCCAUGUAGUCACCUAUAUAGGGGUUAGGGAUCCAUUUUGGAUACAGCCUAUAGCGAUGGAUGCCAGGUACAUCAAUCCAGGAGCAGAAACGGCGAUAUUAGAAGCUGGGCUUGGGCGGAAGAGGCUGGAAAAGAUGGAAAGCCUGAAAGAGCCAGGUGCUUGUUUUUGUGUGUCGUGAUCAAUAACUCGCGAUUCGGAUCAAUAACUCUGAGGCGAAACGUUGUCCAAACACAAAUGAUGCCUCUUUCAUGUCGUAAUAGCAGAGACUACUAGCUACAAGAAUAAAAAAAUGAUUUGUUUAACAAAAACAAGCCGUUCUUCGAGCUGGAUUAAUAAUACUGAUCUCUGUGUGCAGCCGGUAGCCAAGUGCUUAGGGACCAUCUGCGAAUUACGAUACAAGAGCAAAACGCUGCAAACAAAAAUCAAUCAAUAUACAGCUGUUAUACAGUAGAGACCCCAAAAUCACCGAACACACACCAACAACUGUUUUAGGAAAAUGUGCCUUUUUAUAAUGUUGGUGAAUUUUUAUUGUUAUAAAUCAUUAAUAUCUUCCAAUAUUAAUCAAUAGCUCCACUGUCAUAAACUGCAUAGUUGUGUCUGAAUCAUGUCAGUCAGCCUGCUGUUCAGGUUGAGAUUGUACGGGCUCCUUUAACUCCUCCGCCUCACACUGAGCAGGUGUGUAAAUAUCCUUCAGGUAUUUGAAAAAUGUCCCCCUCUCCUCAUCGCCGCUGAAAGUGCUGCGGACUGGGGAUGAGUGAUGAAGAGGCGGCUGCCUCUGUUCGUACCGUCCGUACCCUGGGUGUCCCUUUAUCCUCGGGCCCACCCUCGCAUCAGUCCUGUCAGUCUUCAUUUUCUCCGCUAAUGCAGCCUGAGGUUAGGAUACCACACAGCGUCAUAUUUCAUCGCAACAAUGUUGUUUGCCUUUCGCUGAGUCCGUCUCGGUUUCCUCGAGUCGGGUCGAGUUUCAGACUUAGAGAAAAAGAGGAAGCUGAGGAGUUGAGAACAGAUGUAGCGCCAAUUUGAGCUGCAAAUAAGAGAAGUGUGUGUUAAACCUGCAGGGAGUGUGUGAAGUCAGAGCCUGUAAGAGUUAGUUAUCAUCUCUGGACAUUUUUAUUCAUUUCCUAGAUGUUUUGUGGCAGCGGUGUCUUCACAAAUGUGAGGAUUUUGACUUUUUCAAAAUGUGAAAAUACAAAUUAAAGCAGGAAUUUGGAAAAUUUCCCUGAAAAUUUUUUUUUUUUUUUUAAAUUUCCGCCAGACUCUCCUGUAUUUACUUACAUUUCUUGCUUGUGUUGGUGGUCGUGGCUAAAAGAGGAUUCAGACAAUUUUCCGUAAUUUCUGGUUGGUUUCUACUGUCCGAUAUUGUUUGGGCUCGUGAACGACACGGGGGAGCAGCGUCUGCCUAACAACCAAUCAGGUUGGGGGAGGCGGAGAACGGCUUUGUUUACAGUCAGAAAGAGCGGGCCGCUCAAAUAUUUUAAAAUUUUGACGAAACAGACAUGACAAAACACAGCGACAUUGUUAUAUUACCAAAUGUCAUCAAUAACUAACAGCUACUGACUGAUAUUAAAAGCUUUUUUGUAGAUACACCACAAAAAAGAUGCUUCUUUGACGGAAACCUGCCUACCCCACCUUUAACGGGUCACAAAAUCAACUUUUAAAAGUGGAUUUUCUUUGAUAAAACAGAUAUUUUUAAAUAUUAAAUAAUGGCCGAAUAUUUGUAUUAUAGCAUGUUAUUUUUCAGACAAAAAAGAAGAAAUAAUCUAUGACUAAAAAGGUUUUUGUGAGAUUAAAGAGUCACUGUUCAUGUGGGUUAAAGGCGCCGUGGUCGGGUAUUACAGGAAUGCUCCUCUUCUGUAGAUAAAUACACACCGAUUGUAAAGAGAUCCCCGCAGAAUAUUUCUUUAACAUUUCUCUCUGUUUUCACAAAUGUUCCUGUGCGUCUUCGCCUGAAACUCAUCAGCGCUCGCUCUGUUUGAGGUCAGGAGCUCCUUUCUUGUGGCUGGUCGCUGGUAUGCGAGCCCGAGCCUCCACGUUGGCAAACUCGAUUCUGCUCCAUAAUCCCCCCGCUCUCCUCUCUGCGCGGGGACGUUUUGCGUGUCAUCGUGGUCUUAAUUGGCCCCCGAAUCGGAGAUGGGAUUAUUGUUUGAGAAAAUUCGCCACCUGUUUUGAAGCGGAGGAAGGCCGACUUUGAAGAUUUAUUUGGCGAUGUCGUGUGAGGGGAACGGCUUUGAUGUUGGAGGUGGUUGAAAGGAUAAACAUCAUUAAGGAGAGUAAGCGUAUUUGUUGUUGGUUCUGUCUUGUCUCCCGCUGUUCGUCUGGUAUGAAAAGUACGUGCCUCUGCGCCGUUGAUGUCAGUGUUACUUUGUUUGGAGGAGAAUGUCAUUCCCCGCGCUGUAAUUACACACGCGGCGGCACGAAGGAUGUCAUGUGUGACACAUAAUUGCCUGUUGCGCUGCGGCUGCGGCGCACUCUGCACUUUUUUCUCUUUUUCUGUUUUAACGCACUCUCUCAGCUCCUUUUGUCAGAGACACCUGCACCUGUGUGAUUGAUCUCCACACUUUGGUCAUCUGUUUGUUUUUCCUAAUCCCUCAAAGAAAAAGUAGAGUAAAGAAGAAAAUCUAUCUACGUUUCACUUCAGAUCUUCUGCCAGUUUUAGAAAUUAAACACUCCUUCAUCUGGAGAAAAAAAGAGCGAGUGUUUCAGCUUUAGCGCGUGAUCAAAGCGUGAUGUCUUUUUCAUACGAAGAAUCAAACAAAAGCUCGACAAACAAAUCAAAGACGCCGGUGAAGAUCACUUCCUAUAGAUUCUGCUGUUCAGCUCUAAUCCCUUAAUGCGCUGCAUCCAAAGACGGCGAGGAGCGCGCGAGGAGUCUGUGGCCACACAGCUGUCGAAUUACCUCCAGGAAAGGAGGGAAAAAUGCCUGAAGGGGAAUGAAAAACGCUCCGGCUCUUGGAAGUGGCAGCCAGACCUUCAUCGGAGCUGUCAAAAGCCAAGGCUGCUCUUUGUCCCGUUGGGAAGUGGCCGCAGGGCAAACAGAAAUGUUGUGGUUUUCCUUUUAAAAUGUUUCUCCAUUUAGGAAAACUGACGGAAGGGUGUAAGCAGUCGGAGUCACGUAACGAAGGCAUUUCAGUGUCUACGGUUUCCCACCACAGCCAGAAGUCUUAAUGCUGUCAUGUCCUGACUUCAAAUCGGGGAGGACAGUCAGCUCUGACAGCAAAGGGAUGUCAUUAUUGAAGCAUCCACUUCAAGUAGCUCUCAUGAGUUGGCAAUAAUGAAAUGUUCUUGGCAGGAGGGGUGUACUUUUUCGCUCUGUCCUGCUGCGUAGACUUCCUUCGGAGCCUGUGUGUGGAACUUAAAUCAGACGGAUUAAAACUUCAUUUUAAAUACAGGGUCGACCCAAAGUUUGUUCAUCAAAAUCAAUCGACAUUUUUUCCCUUUAGCGUCACUGUCUCUUUGUUCAGGUGUUAAAAGGAGACGCUUUUAAUUGACCUGAAAAUCGAACACGUCUUCACUGGAAAAUCCCAAAUCUUUUUCAGGAUAUCCAAACAAAGUGUGCCGUCUAAAUGGGAUUAAAAUAUUUUAUCUGUAUUCUACUUUUGGUGAGGCUUCUAUGACGAAGUGUUGGGGCCACAUUAAGGAGGAAAAAUAUAAGACUUUGAGAUUUAAGUCAUUACUAGGUCCCGACCAAUAUGGAUUUUUUGGGGCCGAUGCUGAUAAUGAUUAUUAGGGGGGGAAAAUAUCAGAUUACCGAUUAAUCGGCCGAUUUUUAAAAUUAGUUACUAAAAAUAUAUAUUAACUGUACUUAUACUGUAGGCUACUGCUCGUCACGCCGACAGGAAGACCGACUGAUCAAAGUCGGACCAGCAAAGCAUUUUCAAUUAUUCUCUGCAUUUUAUUUCUGAAAAUAUCAGCGAAAAUCUGUGAGUUUUGACCGAUUACCAAUUAGGGUAAUUUUCACUGCAGUGAAUCUGGUGAUCCUUUCAAAAUAAAACAUUUGAUCCUCUUUCUUAAAAAUGUAAAAAAAUCAGAUUAGUUGUCGCAGCUCUUUUGCGUCUCUUGAAAAACAUUCUUGUGACAUUAAUGCCGAUAAAUGUUGGAUCUUUGCGAAUAUUUUCAAAUGCAUUUCAGCCAAAACUAAAAUGAAUAUAAAGUAGGAUUGGGACGAUCUGCUUUUCUUAGAUUCGAUUCCUCCAUGAGUUUUUGGAUGCUGAUUCGUUUUAAAUUGCGAUUCUAUGAAAUUGGCGAUUUCCUCAAUUUUUAGUCUGCACUUUUAACACAAAAAAAUCGAUUUAAAAUUGCAAAACAAAAAAUCGCGAUACUUAUGUGAAUUGAUUUUUUUCUCCCACCCCUAAUAUAUAUACACAUCUUUUAUUUGGCAAAAGGUCACAAAGUCCCUCCUGUCGUAGAUUUUUUUUUUUUUACUGCCAGGUUAUUUUAGUAAACAUUCCUGAAAUUUCCCUGAAUUUAUGAUAUAUUCAUUGGCGACGUUUAUACUUUUUCUUUGAGGAUGCAGGAAUAGUUGAUAAGUGAUGUUGUUUUGAGUUGAAUCCAUGUCAUUGUCGUGGUUUUUAAGACCCUCUGACUACACGCCAGACUGCGCCUCCACAGGUGCUCCAGCCGUCAUCACCUCCCGGUCUGACCGCUACUUCAGCUAAUUGGAUAAUAAGGUCAGACGAAAGUUCCAGUCUCUACCUCAAAGACCCUGGGGCAGCGCCUCAAAGACCCCGAUCUGGUCUCUUACUGUCACUGGAGUCCCGCUCGGCUGUUUUGACAGCGGCUGCAGUGUAAGUCACACCGUGUCAGCCCCCGUGUUUGUUUUGACGAAAACUCGAGCUGGCGUGCUCUGCGGCUGCCGACUGUCAUUCCCUCUUUCGUGACCAUGACAGUCGGUCUCCUUUUGUGUCUGCGUCUCUUCGUGUGGUGAGCUGUCUGAGGCUGGCACGCACAAAGCGAGCCCCCACAAGCCCCCCGGCCCAUCCUCUGCUACCACUCCGAGCUACGCCCUCCUCUCCUGUCCUGUGAAGGCAUGCAUUAUUUACCCUGCUGCAUGCCUCCUUCUUCUUCUUCUUCUUCUUCUGUGUGCGUUCUGGUCAGUCCCUCACGGUGUGUGGGGACUGGUUAUGUUUAAUCAGCACUUUUAUAGUCGCAUGUUUUAUUUAUUCACGUUUUGAAAGCGGCGUCAUGCAUCAAAAAUCCGUCUCUAAACUUUUUAAACUAAAAGGAUUUCAUCAACUUCUGAUCGUGGCGGUGUCUCGACAGCAGAAAAUCUCUUCAAAGACGAUUUUAUCAGCGCAUUUGACUUAAUUUCGAUGAUCUGUGCAGCUCGAAGCUUUUAACCAUCGCAAAUGAAGAAAAUAAUCCAUAUUGAUAGCUAAAGGGACUGAAUUAGUCAUGAUACAAACCGCCAUAUAAAACCAAACCAUCCAGUGGACGCUCAUACUUUAAACUCUGAAAGCGUUGUCAGGCUCCCCAGAGUCUAAUGGUACCACAAAGUGCUAUUUUAAACCCUCUAACGCGACACAGGCUUGUUGUCACGGCUGCGAUCUCGACCAUAUUUCCCAUUGUUUGCAGUGGCAGGCAUCAGUCCACAUGAAAUGAGAUUUUAACUCCGACUGGAAACUCCCUCAUGUGAUGUUUUGUCUUGAAUCCACCCCUGAGGCGUUCGUAGACUCAUACAUGAAGCUCCACUCGGUGAAAGUCCUUCAAUUACACGUGAGUGAAUUGGUUAACAUCAGUACGGUAAAAAUGUGUAAUGUUUAUAUUACAGAGCAGUCAGAGUAUUACAGUUCUGACACUUUUUUUCCUUUUGGCUCAGCGCUGCCGUGUAUUUGAUCUAAAAUGAAACACUCACUAUGAGCUCUGAAUGCUUACUGUCAGCUUUAAUUUGAGGCCGCGUACAUCCACACCAGCUGAGAGAUUUAGGAUUGUUCCCCUCUGGUGUCCUCGAUUUCUAGGGGACAUGAAGUGAUCAGACAUGUCAACAUAAACGCAGAACUUUUUGUCACUUUAAAGUUGUUAAAUACCGACACUGAACCAAAGUUACCAAUCAGCUCCUGCAUGAUCUGUACCAGGCUUUACAUAAACUUCAGUGUGAAUGAACUUGUGGCGCGGUUGGACACUUAGAGUAGCUUCUCCUUCGUAAAGCUGAGAUGAUAUGCCACACUGAGUGACACAUUUUACUUAUUUAAAAGGCAGAUGCACGUGAGUUUUAUCAAAAUUAACUUCUUACAUGUACAGAACAAACUUUUAAAAGUCUGGGCUGAAGGCGUGUGAACUCUUGAGCUUGCAUAGAAAGUUUUGACCUGAUAAAGUUCGAUAGAGGAGAAUACAUAACAGUAAUAAAUCUCAGUCCAACUAUGAGGAGUUUAUUUUAGUCAGGCUGAUGUGCUUACAUGUUUUAAAAAGUCCAGUUUCUUUAGGACUAAUGCAAUAUAUAGUUGUUUUUUUUUCACAAAUUGUAGAAACACUAUAUUCGGGAUACACAGUCUGGUUUCUAACACCUGGACUGAAAAUGAGCUUAUAUUUUUAAAUAGUUAAAUUCUAGAUUAUCCAAAAAUCUUGAAUGCAAAAUGUAGUUUUUAAAGCAACUGUAAGGGCCACUCUCCAUCAAGAGCAUUUUUUGCUGUAGUUGUUCAAUCCACAGAUAGAGACCAGCCUUUUUAAGUUGGGAGGACUCUUAAUAUCAACUUUGUCAACAACAAUAGUGGAGGUCUGUAAGAUGGAGAAACUAAGCAAACUUGUAUUUUUAGGAGUAAUUUUUAAGUUCAAGAGCUGCUGUUGACAGUAAUUCUUCCAAUUGUUUUUAUACUUUUAUGUUAAACUUUAUUGAAUUAAAGCAAAUUUGGAGCAUUUUAAAACAGAGCUCACAGUCUGCAGGAACUAAAAGUGCAUGUGCUGUGAUAUAACUUUUGUAGUCUUGAAAUAUUGCAAGUGCAGUUGGUGUACACAGGCCCUAAAAGCAAAGCCAAGUCCUUGUUUUUUAGUGUGUUGUUCAAACUUCAAGAUUACUUUAUAUACCAACAUAAAUAAAGUCACACUGUCAUAAAAAACAAUAAACAGAGAGUCUUCAUCCUGCAAAGGGAGCAUGAACACGAUGUUACUCUAUGAGACACAAAGUGAAAAUGUGCAGAUUUGCAGACAUGAUCAGUUUUAGGAUCUGGAUCUUCUGUGGUUGUGUGUCUUUGUUUGUUAAAUAAGUUCAUGCAGCCCCCCUCUCACAUACGACAGUGCCAUACACAACAGCCGCUGCCCUCUGUGGGUUUUCUGUUACACGGUUAUAUAUUUGAUUAACUCGCUUCACCUCUUUGUGAGUUGGCUCUCGCUGCAGUGAUUCUCGCCAGCUUUACUGCACCAAUAUUUUGUGUCACCGCCGCCGCGAACAGGCCGGAGGUGCAGAUAGCGCUCCAUCAGCAGCACAGUAGGUGGCGGCUGUCUACCUCAGGCUGGGCCGGGGGCACAGUCCCCGCGCCCCAACAGUCAAGGCUGCCUCCCUAAUUUUCCAGAACAGAGGACCCCGCAUAACAUGGUACCUCUUAGGAGGAUCAUUACUUGUAACAGGACCUCGUAGCCACUAAAACCCCACCAAGUACGCGCCCUUCAAAGACAAUGAGAACCUUCCACCGCCGGGUUUGUGUCUGUUCCCUACAGAGAAGGAGCGACAGAGGAUACGGGUUCAAACGCACGCUGCAGAAUACCUCCACCAUGAUGACAUAGCUGUAUUUUUUGUGCAAUUUAUUCCCCCUUUCCUUGAGAUUUACCCCCCACCAACCUCAUACCAGAGUCCAUUUGAUGAAUAGCAGGGAAACCUUCAAAAUAACCCCCAUACUGGAGGAGUUCUGCGUCAGUGUUUGGUGUGGGAGCUUCAAAGAUACCCCAAAACAGAUGAAGUCGAAGGAGUGUCCGCGCUCGUCAUGUAAGUUUCCCCGGCUCUGUCCUGUAAUCGACCGGUCAGAAGUGUUUGAUCUCUCACGGGGUUUUGUGUUUUCACUGUUUUUCAAGGUUUCUUUUAAGAGUCAGAGGGCAAACUCAUCAGAGGAUUAGCCAAACGGGUGAUAUAACGAGACAUGAAAUCCCCGCCUUGGUGCAGAUGCUGCUGUUUUCUGACAGCUUUGUUAAAACAAAAGAGAAGCUGAUCUUUGACACUCAUACUCCAGAUUUUUUUGUCUUUCCCAAGCUGUUACUCAAGCCCGGGAGAAGGAUGAAAUUCCUUUUUAAUUGCCGAGCAGGAUGGCACUAAAAGGACUAGAUGGGUAUCUGUCGAAGGUCGCUGGAUUAAACUGAAUAUUUAAGCAGACAGCUCUGUUUAAUAGUUAAUUUUCUUUAAAGGCUCUCGUCUUUGUUGACCACAGGGCGCCUACCGGUUUCAAACUGUACAAAUGAAUCUCCUGCAGCCUCAGACGCAGACAGAUGCUUCCCUCUGAUAAAGUCACGGAGGGUAAAUCCAUCUAUUACAUACCCUCAAAGAUAACGCCUGAGGGGGAGACUGAGCAAACGCUGUUGCCAGGCAAAGUCAUCGACAAGGGGUGAACACGGGGUUGAGGAAACUACGACUUCCAGUGAUGCUUAUUAUGUUUUUAUUAAGAAAGCUGAUUUUCUUCUACUUCCUUUGUGUGCGUGUUUUAAAUAGGCGGCGAUAUGAUCCAGCGUCUUUUAUUCGUAGUGCUUCAUGUUGGAGGUUUUCUAAAUAAGAACCAUUUCUGGAACAGUUAUUGACCCUGUCUGUACGCUUUUGACUAUUUAGCUUAUAGCAGUUUAGAUAAGCUGAGAUUUAAAAUUGUUUUAAAGCUCCUUUGAGGAGUUUUUAACUUGGUAUGAAACCGAGUCGAUAAUCCAAUCCAAUCCACUUUAUUUAUGCAGCACAUUUAAAAAGAAAACAAUAAAGUUUAGCAAAGUGGUGCACAGUGCAGUAAAAUAAGUUAAAACACACCAAACAUGAAAUUUUAAAAUAAAAUAAUCAUAAUAAAAACCACGUAAAAAGACUUCAAUGCUUACGAUGCCACUAUUUGUGUUGUUUAAUUAUUAUAAUUUCAGGUUGUUUCGUAACCCUCCAAAAACUCACCACAGGAGCUUUAAAAUAGAAAGGAAACACUUUUGUUGUUUUUUUUCUGCUGCUUAUCUGACAAAUACACCCCUCUGACCAUUUUUAGGCUUUGAAAUUCACAGUUUAAAAAUUUACAACGAUCUUGUCUGGUUCAGUUUGUCUUAAAAAGCCAUCAAUAUAAAUUUUAGUCCAUUUUGUGAGCUUAAAAAACUUCCUCACUGGAGCUUUAAACAAGGAAAAAAGAAGAGACCUUAAACCUUUAUUAUAAACUUUAUUUUCGCUGACAAAAGAGACUAGAAAUAGUAGUUCCCCUUACAUAAUUUCACGGUGUAACAGGGCGUCAAGAGUCAGGACUUACAAACCAGACUGUCUAACUAAGCGAGAAAUUCUUUUUGAUCUCCGUAAACUCAACCCCCUUCAAACGACAACCAACCUCAGCUCGCUUCAAAGGAGGACAAGAGCGCGGCCCGUCAACAUCAUGCCGUCAUCUUUUGUGAGGAUCACACCGCUCACACGCGAGGUGUCUCUCUGAGCUCAGGGUGCUGCUGCUUGUUUGGGCAAACACGCCUCGCCACAAUAGAGUCACCUCCACCUCAGGGGAUGAACGCCACUGACUGACUGAGUGACGGGCAGGUGGAGCCCCUCCUCUCCGCCUCCCUGAUUAGCCUUUAGUUUCUGACAAAACACCAUGAUUACGGGCUUCAGCGACCGACGAGGGAGGACGCAGACACCUUUGAGACCUGAGUCAGAGAAGGGGGAAACACCCACCCAUUUUAACUCUGUCUGGCACUACUGAACCUUUCCACACCUCACUGUUCAUGUGAGGGAAUGCCUGACCUCAUGCAAGCUGAGCAAACGCCGUUAGACCAACUAGGACACGCCAUCUGAUGGAUUUGUUUUCUCUCUGUCACAACAGAUGUUUCAGGUUAUUUUCAAAACAAUGUUCCUCAGAAAUUUUAAUGAGUUUAUUUUGUUAAAUCCGUACUAUAAGAGCAGUUUUAACUUUUUAAGAAUGCUUUUCAGGAUCUUAAUUUUGAGAUUUUCCUUUAAAUAUUCUUUCUUUCUUUCUUUCUUUCUUCUUUAUUUAUCUCAAACUUUAAGAACAACAAAAAACAAACAGAAACAAAACACCAAACAAAGUAAUACAUAUGUACACCAAACAACUGUACAUGUCAAAGGUAAAUUUACACAACAUAUGUAUGUCAAAAUAAACAGUUUGAGAAGGAACAGAAAAAAAAUAAAUAUAUAUAAAAAUAUAUAAAAAAAAAUAUAUAUAUAUAUAUAUAUUUGUAUAAAUUAGAAAGAUCUGUAAAAAUACCUACAUAUUAUACACAAAGAUAUCUGCUUUCUCGAUAAUUUGAUUUAAAUAUUUUUAUGUUAUUAGACAUUUUUAAGGUGACAUCCAGGCUGUUCCAAAGUUUGAAAUGCACAUACUUUAAUCCUGCAAUUAAGCAGAUAUUAGAUUAAAUAUCAGUAUAUCAAUAUCAAACAAUCCCAGGUGAUUUUUGUCGGGUCAUUUAUUGGUUAUGGAAGAAGACAGACAGCAGGCUAAUGUAUUAAUGCUGAUUUUAUCUUUUAUUUUCCACUAAACCCAGGUUCCCUUUCUCUCAGCUGAAGGUAACGUAGCCAAAGGCGAGCAGGAACACUCUUUGUCAAGCUGAGAUCCGUAGAUAAUCAACAAAAGCCGGCCUGUUUAUGGCGUGCCCGUGAGCCAACACUGGAUGCUAAUUUCAUUCAGAGGGCAUCGCUGCUGGAAAACAAAAUGGUCGCCAACAUGCACCGAGACGUUUCCUCAGAUUUGUGCUUCCUCGUCUUGAGCUAAUGUUAAGUUAUCAAAGGUCGUCUCUAAGGUUGUUACAGUUUGGACUUUUUUCUUUAAAUACGAGUUUCAGGGCGGUGGUUUGUAAAUGAGGAUUAAAAUAAUCAGGCUUUCAUCCUGCCUUUUGCCUAAAAGAGGAAUAUUUUAUCUCAAAGCUGCUUAAUUGCAGGAUUAAUUAAAGACGGAUUAGCUUCUAGGUGGUCAUCUGGUCAUGGUGGUGUUGGCAAAUUAACUCAAGAAGCAGCAUUUUCUUUUGGUUUCCUGCAGUUAAAUGUUGGAUUUGAGAGGAAAUAGUCUUCCUGCAGCAUUCACUUCAAAAGCUCUCUAAAAAUACACCACAUUGCACCUUAUUUAUUCAUUACACUGGAAAGUGUCCUUGCAUUACGAUAUCACAUUAUUACCAUGCAGACACCCCACAUUUAGACUCACUGUAAUUUCUCACCGCUCUGUAGUUGAAGUGUUUGUUUCUGUGAUUUCAGCCUCUACCUGCAUUUUAGAGGAGGCUUUUAGCCGGUCCCCAAUGACUAUUAUUCAGACUGAAUUUCCUGAAUCUUAACCGCCACCCAAGUCCUCAUCCUCUGUUAUGUAAUCACACGGCAUACUCUGAAUAGCUGAGGAAGUCAAAGGUGAUCUGUGGCAUGUGAAAAAACUUUGGCGUGAUUAGAUUUUUUUUCUUUUAGCUCAUGUUAGAAAAAUGUGACGCCCCAAUAUCUGGUUGGUUGAUCAAAGUCGUGCAGGACUAUCACUUAAAAUAUGGUUAAACCGGUAAGUCUUCCUUUUGAGAGAUGAAGUGGAAAUGCAAAAACUGCAGUUCAUCAUGGGUCCACAAGGGCAAUCAUCAAGGAUCCCUCCUAUGCUGAUACAACAUGGAAAGUUUAAGUGGGUCAGAAUUUCCAAUACGGUAAUCGCUAUCUUUGGCUUUGAGAGGUUGGCGUCCCUCAAAUUACAUCUGUUUUUUAUGGUUUAUGGAUCAGAUGCAUCAGUUUAACAUAAAUAUAUUCAGUUGGGAGCGUAAUGGGAUUCCCCUAUCAGAGCACAAGUAUUAGGGCCCGACCGAUUUAACGGUGAGCCGAUUAAAUCUGCCAUAUUUAGCCCGUUUGUGACGAAUUGGUAAUCGGCCAAAACUCGCCAGUUAACAAGUGCCCUGCGUUUAUUUGUAGUAGAUUGUUAGUCAUUACUAGGGAUACACAACAUUAUCGAUGCAAUAUCAAUGUUAGCAGACAAUAGCCUAAAACGUCAACUAUUUGUGUUAGCAUAUUUGAAAAUUUCUGCCGAUGUAAUUUUUUGCCAAAAAGGUGAUGCAUUAACAUGUUGGCUGUAUGGUAUUCUGAAGUGUUGGAAACAAACAGCAGAAACGUUUUUGAACAUCUAAAUUAAACAAGGAUAUUGUGAUCAUAUAUGGUAGAAUCAGGUGUUUGUCUCAUUAUAAGCUUGUUUCUAAAAUAGACAGUCUCAAUAAUAAGAGUAGCAAGUAAAUUCUCUCACAAGACAAACUAUGUCCUUGACAAUAAAAAAACAGUGUUUUUGUUGGUACUCAUAUUGAUCAACCAUAAUAGGUUUGAAAACCUCAUAAAUAUCAAAUAUCUGCAUCCCUGGUCAUAACUGCCUCCUAAUGUGCACUGACUCCUGCCUGGCGCCUUGUUUAAAAAAGCCCAGUUUUUAGUUUUCUAGCUCGUACAGUCUCAUCUGUACUUUAACAGGAGGAUUAGUAACCCCAGAAAGCACAAAAGGUGGCUUAUGUGUCUUAUCUUCACUCUUGUUCUGCCGCUGUAUUCGUCCACCUGUCGUCUCCCUCCGGCCAUCUCUUACCUGAGGAAGUCAUCUCGUACUGUUGGGCGUGGACUCGUGUCUGUCUCUAUUUCAAAGGAAACACUCCAGUUAUAUAAUAACAUGGUGGUUUGUUGGUUGAUUACUGUUCAUUAAAAAGACCAAAGAAUGUGUCUCUGGACUCUAUCGUACCGUACCUCUCCCUUCCUGCUCUUUGUAAGCAGAAAUACCAAUCAUUACCUAGAAACAAGUGUGUAGAAACGUCACUGCAUCGUCAGCGUACGUACUUAUACAAUAGAUUCAAGUGUGCCUCUGUCGUCAGUGUUGUGUUGUUUUGUGCGUUACAAAUGUUAGCUUCAACGUCAUUGUAUUGUAUUCGUGAUUAUUUUCAAAGCGACCUUGUACUAUCAUUCCAGUCUUACGAACCCCUCACUCACGACAUUAUCCGUCUGCCCACUCGCAUCCGACACAACAGCUAUCAACACACACAAAAAAGGCCUCGAAUUGCCACUUGUGUGUUUGUCUCUGUUAAUAUAACCACACAGUCACUCAUUCAAGUGGAGGGAAGUAACCAUUGCUGUUCCCAUUCAUUUUACACCCACACAACUGUAAUCACUUGGAAAAUCAUAGACAUCGAGGUGCAUGAGUGGUUAUAACCCACACUUGUGUGUUUUACCCUGAACCUCUUUGUCUCAGUAACCCAUAUCCUGGGGAUUAAACGUUUCCGCUGUGCUUUGUAGUGGUACACUGCGUGGAGGGGUGUCCUGUGCUCGGCUCUUUCUCCUACUUGUAGACCUUUUAUCUCUACGCUGCUCUGCUGGUAAUUGCUUAUGAAGAGACUGGGUGGGUAGAGGAAGAGUGGCUCGAAUUUCACCAGCCCACAAUUGUCAGCAGCGGCUCUUUGAAAUUCUGCCUUUGUUUAAGAACGUUUCAUCCUUUUAUAUGGAGACAUUAAUCUUAACUUCACUGUUAAAGAAAAUACUGGGAUCUAAUUAUUUUAGUUGAAUUUAAAGUUUAGGUCCGUCUCUUUCCUACAAUAAACCAUGGUGCUGAACUGUACUAGACAAUAUGGUAGAAUCUAAUACGAUAAAUACGACACGAUUGGGGAUAAAUACAAUUUUUGUAUUUUAAAACAAGAUUUUAAAGGACAAAACAAUAUAUGUCAAUUAAAUGUGAUUCGAUAUUAUUUGAGGCACUUUAGUUCAGGUAGAAGUGUUAUAAUAGGUUACCAUGAUACGUUACAACUAGAUCUGAUAUGUCACUAGACAAGACAUUGUGAUACAAAAAGAUAUGAUGUGAUAAUCAAGAGACACAGUAUAUUUACAGUAUAUAGUAUACUGUCGAUAUCUCUAAAUAAAAAUUUAAAAAAAUUUAGAUUUAUCGGUAAUCAGAUUUUUUUCCCCCUAAUAGUCGGUAUCGGCAUCGGCCCCAAAAAAUCCAUAUCGGUCGGGUCCUAAUAAGGAGUUUCAAAACAUCAGUGUUGAACUUGUUUUAGUAUCUAAGUCUAGAGAACUCUGACUGUUGUAUCACAUUUUUAUCUUACGAUUAACAUUGGAGAAAAAUGACACAGUUGAGUAAAUUCAGGAAAGGCGAGGCAAAGUUUGGAGCGCAGGUGACUCAUUUAUAUGUCGUCAUCCAUUUCUAAUGAUGCUCAAACUUGUGGUUUGUCUACUUUACCAACUUCAUGAUAAAAACUGCUCAAGAAGAGAGAAAUUCUCUUCGACUAUUGUUUGUGAUGCUUUUAUUUUGCCUUUUUUAACUAUUUCGCAUCAAGUUCCUUUAUUUUCAGUGUUAGACAAACAUGCUUUUCUUUUAAAUGAUGUGCUUUGUCUAGAUGAUGAUAAGUUUAUGAAAACAGUGAACAUCAGUUUCGAAGAAGUCUGAGCAUCUCCUGAAGGACUGCUGCUGCUUCUUUGUCAACUUUCUGUUUUAUUGAAGUCAGUUACCAGCGUGAAACCCCAUAACCAUCCUCUUCUCCUGGUAUCAAUACUUUUUUUUUGUAAAAGGUGUUUAUUCCAAACACCGGUAUAUUAGGUCAGCCUCACCCUGUCGGGUCAUUUUAUAACCUGUCUUUGCUAAAUUUACCGCCUACCAGACCCCGACCCCUGCGUUACAUCCCAAACUAUGACUCAUCUUUGGUCUUCUAGUCUGGAGAAAUUCAGUAUAAAAAUAUUUUACACUCAUAUUUUGGAGAUUUUACCUAUUAACUCAACUUCUCUGCCGGUAAUCUAGGUUUACAAAGUUCAGACGUCACCCAAACCUCACUGGGAUUUUUCUCGAGGAGUUAUGUGAGCACUAACUCCCCGAUCCAGAUACACUGGGAGCUGUCUCCUAUUAAAUCCUGACAAGAAGAAUCUCUCUUACAUUCACAGACAGAUGGUUGACAUCUCUUUUUAACAGCCUGUCAAGAAGCCAACUGGUUGUUUUCUACUUAGGAGGAUAGGGAGACGAGGCGAAGGGGACACGGCGAGUAUAGCGGAGAGAGAACGAUGGGUCUCAGGGGCAGAGCUGGGUCUGUGGACGAGGACAGACUCUGACAGGAACUUUGUCACCCUGUUCACACAGUCCCAUCCUGUUAACCUCCAAAACAAGACUAAAGCGAACGGAUAAAUAAUUUACUCCGGCUAUUUACAGUCUGCUCCCAGAUGUUUCAACUCCGUAUCAACAGUCUUCAGUCUUUUACUGUUUCAAGUUUUUGGUAUAAAAAGGAGUUUAGAAAUCCCUCAACUUGACAAAACUGCUUUUUCUACUCUUUUUUUCCAACCUUGUCCCUGAAACUCUCCUGCACUGAGCUGUAUGAGUGUUAUCAGAGGUCGAGUUUACAGAACGUACCGCGGGGAGAAAGGGAGGCUGAACAAAGAUGCUGUUUGAACAGUCUGAAAACCUGCGUCGUGUUCAGAUUUUUCGAUCAGCAGCAUAUUUUCACAAACAAACCCUGUUCUUGGACAAAGCAGGCACCUGUGACCCGUGUCCCAGCAUGCCACUGUGCUCACCGCAAGGCAGAGAUAAGAUGAGAAAAAAAACCCUGAACAAAGUCGACGGUUUUCGCUGUCAUUUUGGAGGAAUGCUGCUUCUUGAGCCUCAUGUUUGCCGUAGCCAUGUAUAGAUCUAGAAGUGAACAGACUAGACCCACAUUUAAAGAAAUGUUUGUACAUUUAAUCUUCUGAUAAUUCUGGUGCCCACUUGUGAGGAUGUCUGUUUAAUUUUCCACUUAACAAAACGUGCAUAUCCUCACAUAUAGGGCUGGGCGAUAAACCGAAAAUGAACAAAUCCGAAAUUUACAACAAUAAUCGAUGUUACAAAAGAAACUUUUUAUAGUCACUUUUGUAACUCUUUAAAGGCCAAAACUGGUCAUUAGUCACAAUUAUGUGAAAUUGUCUGGAUAUAAUUUUUAUUCCGACUUUUUCUUGUGUUUUCGGCAAAAUUUUGGUAAAAAAUAUUAAACUAUUUCCUCUAAGUUGCCAAUUACUAAACUUAAAUAAACUUCUAGUUCUUCCGAGGCCCAUAACAUAUUACCGUAAUGACCAAAAUAUGUAAGAAAUAACUUUCUAAAAGUAGAAUUUUUAAAAAGUAGAUUUUGUUUUGAUUUUCAAAUGCCAAUGUUGGUUGUAAGUGACUUGUGAGGAUGUCUGUUUAAUUUUCCACUUGACAAAACAUGCAUGUCAUCAGACAUAGGGCUGGGCGAUAGACUGAAAAUUUAUCGAUACCGAAAUUUACGACAAUAACCGACGUCAUUUUGCCCAUAUCGGUAUAUUCGGUGUCAAAAAAAUUAAUAAACAAAAGUUGGUUUUUAGAUGUGUGUAGGUAGGCUAUGGUCUCACGCCAGUCCAUAACAAAGAGGGAAAGACAGGUGAGGAGAUGGAGGACGGUUCCAAAGUUGUAGUGGCUGAAGUAGACGAAGUUGUAGAAUGCAAAAUCCUUAGACAUGACCUUGUGGUGUCCCAAAUAGUUACGUUAAUAAUCCGGUCGUGCCGUGGAUGAGAGAGGACAAAAACACCAGAAGAAGACCUCCCCAUACAUCGUUGUCUCCUCCUCAUUUUGAUUUGAAAGGCUCGCUGACUGAGCCCGUCUGGAUGGAGGAGCAGACUCUGCUGUGGGUCACCGCCUCAAAUUCAAAUCUGCCAGAGGUGCUGAUGGCUGCUGUCAUGUCUGAGAGAACAGUGAAGGCCUUCAUACUCGUCUUCACUUUAUCACUCCUCAUUUCCACGGGGUGUGUUUCUUCCAGAUCAUCAGGACUGGAGUUGUAUCGCAGCCGUAUUAGAGCAGACACACACACACACACAGGCACACCCGGGUUAGACUUCUUGUGGUCGGACACAGCUGUGGAAGAAAAAUCCAAACACUCACAUUCCCUCAAACAUACACACGGUCAUGCACAUGCCUCUUUUUCCAACUGCACCCAGACUGUUGAGAAGCUUUCAAACUGCACGUCAUGUCAGUAACACCCUCACAGAUAUUUGGGUAUGCCCACCGAAGGCGGAACAAGACUGUUUAUUUCUUCUUAAACAAGUGACCACACACUCACACAGCCGGGCUUUCACACACAGAUCUUCUCCUGAAGUAUCUGAGACUGAAUAGAAAGACAGUCAGCCAGGAGUGACAUGCACGUAUUUAUAUGCACUUUAAUUUAUCAGACGUAUUUAGACAUACAGCUGGAGGGAUUUAUGUUUGCUUGAUUGAUUUAUUUCUAUCGGAAAGAUUACCCGUGUGUCAACCAGAUGUCUAAUUGACUAGCAAAUACAGGCGGGUGGAUUUAUGACAGUGUAAUAUCCUGUAAUCUCACAUUGUGUAUUUAAACACUGACACAAAGUGGAAAAUUUUGUACCACAGAAAAUAUUAAAAUAAUGCUUUAAAAAAAGGGCCUGACAUUAACUUUUUUCACAAGGAGCACAAGUGCUUCUAAGUUGAAAAAGUAAGGAGCACACAAAGAACUUUAAGGGACACAAUGAAAAUUGAUCAAAUAGUGUGUGUCUUGUUGGUUGACAUAAGUACUAUUACUUGGAAUCAAUUUUAAGUCAAUUGGUAAUGUGACAUGGAAGCUAUUGGAGGAAAACAGCCUUUUCUGAAAACACCAACUGGUAAUUUAUUGAUGGUCCCUUAUUCAACACCCAAUGUUGACAGCGAGGGUGCCGAGUAGAUUUAACCGCGCUGCUGUUGCCGUUACCGCUUAUGGGAAGACACCGGUAAAUCUGCAGUGACUGUCCAUUGGAUAUCCAACCUAAAACUAACUUCACCGCAGUAUUUACAGGAAAAACAUUUGUUGCCUCGCCUAACCUGUAUCCUGUCAAUACAAGCGUUUACAUCAGCAACGUUUUCCCGUCCUGCGAUAUUGCGGCAUUUAUUUUUUCGUAUCACAGUCGAUUUUCGCAUUGUAUUUUUGCGUCAUUCCCAGUGUGUAAGCACCUUUUCGCCCAGAGUUAAAUUUGUAAUCUGAAUCCUCCCUGACACUAGGGGGCACUGUGUCCCGGUCAUGACACUUCAUUACUGAUGGAAACCGUAAUGUGAUUUGACGCAAACACAAACUACUGCAUCUCGACUAAAAACAGACCUCCUGCCUGAGGAGCUUAAAACAGUCUCCUACACUAAACAGAAAUAGACAACUCUCGUUUGUCUGAAGUCUGGAGCUAAAAACUUUUCUUUAUUUAUGGCAACAAAGAGGACGGCUGUCAGAGCCUCUUUUGAUCAGUGUAAGAAUAAUCCUCUUCUUUAACAUUUCCUUUCUUUCUUACUUUAAAGCUCCUUCCUCCUCUUUUUGUCCCAACACUCCUCCUCAGAUAUUUAGAGUACAGCAUGCCUCUACGGCGCAGUAAGCGUUCCCAGAUCCUGCCCAUAUCUCGGCGGGCAGAGGCACUGAUCAGGGCAGAGGUAACGUGGCUCGGCUCGGCAUUAAUUGGCUGAUUAGCAUAAGGACAGUUUAGCACUUCACUGUCCCACACUCAGGCCAUUAAUCAAGGCGGAGGCUGUGCCAGCUGAACGGCUGCCAACAAGCUCCACACAGACCACUAAAAAGAGAGGGAGGAGAGGUGUGGGUUCAACUCAAAGGGAGAGGUGAUCCGCUGUUUGGCCAGACAGAGAGCUGCAGUCUGUGCAGUGGUGCCGAGGAGGAUCAGAAGGAGACUAAUGUGUCGUUAGAAGAACAAAGUUUGGCUCGUCUAUACUUAGACAGAUGCAAAAUAAAGCAAAAAGAAGUAAUGCACAUGCACUAGUUGCGAACUUCAAUUCCCAAACUGCAUUAAAGAAUUUUCAGGAUUUUCUCUCUUUAAUGGUGCAAACAAAUUUAGCUUUUCAUGUCUGAUCACACCAGCAGAUCCCCGAUCAUUUCAUCACAUCAAAGGUUCUCCGAGGGCGAGGAACCUCAGAAACAUCUGCCAGCUGUUCCUGUGCAGCAUUCCAGAGACAGAUGCAUGUCUCCUGUUUUUAUCUGCCACAUCCACCGCAGAUACCAUAAACGAAAUAUUUCCAUUUUCCAGCAAAGGAAAUAAAGAGGCUGAGAUUUUUACAGUCACACUUUAAAAGCCAAAACCUGGUCUUUAGUUAUAAUUAUGUGAAAUUGUCUGAAUUUAAUUUGUAUUCCAACUUUAUUUUACUUGGAAAACUUUUGUUAAAAAAAAUGAUUUCCUUAAUGAUGCCAAAUAUUAAACUGAAGUUUUGAGUUCGCCUAUAACAAAUUACCGUAAUGAUCCAAAUAUGUGGGAAAUAUUUUUUCUUAAAGUAAAAUUUUAAAAACAGAGGCAUCAUUGUAGAUUUUGUUUUGGUUAUUUAAUACCAGUAUUGGUUUGAAGUUGACACCACAUAUUUAGAAAACCAGUAUUCACACAGAUCUACUGACAACUAGGGGUGUCGCGAUACGAUAUUGAUAUCGGUCCAAUGUCGGCAAUAAAAAUGAAUAUCGGAUUAUAUUGACCUGCAUUUAAAAUCUCCAAUAUCGGCACUCUGAUACAAGCAGUCCAUUCCAGACCCACUCCGGCACCUCUAUCUAGCAGCGCCCAUAUCAAUGUUGACUGAUAUCGGUAUCGGUCAAUAUCGAAGGCUACAAUAUCGGUAUCAUAUCGGAAGUCAAAAAGUUGUAUUGGGACACCCCUACUCACAACCUCAGUCCCAGAGGGAUAAAAGAUGGAGAGGGACAGUGAUCGUCCGGGGUAAUGUGGCCUAAAAGAAGACCAAAUUACCCAUCAGGUGAAGUGGAAUUAGGGUUACACAUUUUGAGGCCAUGGUUUAAAUGCAGUAGCAAAGAAAUAUGAUGCCAUAGAGAGUAAUGUCAGCUGAAAGAGAUUAUCUUUUAAAUGUGAGUAAGUUACUAAAGAAUUGAGCUAGAUGGCGACUGCAGCCGAUAGCUUCAAAAGUCCACUGUACAAACAAAUGGAUGACAUCUAUAACGUUACAUCCAUUUAUUAUGUUGUCUGUAGUUCAAAUCUGUCAAUCAACCUCCUUUAACACUCAUGCACACACCUUCUACACUGCCCCUUGUGUCUUCUAUUCCCCUUUUUUCCGUCAUUCUUCCCGCUCCUUUAUUACUCGUCUUUUUCGCUUCGAUUUCUUCAAUAUUUCUGAGGUUCUCCUGCUUCUUAGCACCUCAGCUCUCCACUUAGACACGCACCGCUUCCUCUUAACUCUGUAAUAAGUACUUUGAAAAGUGUCUAACAGGUUCUCCAGGCAAGCCGUGUAAAAUCAAAGCAUUGCUCACAUAACUCCAAGACUAUUCAUUUGACUCCAGACGCUUCAACGGCAUUUCUGUGACAAGAGCGGCGGACCAGCUUCCACCGCAGGAACACCUUGAAAUAACCUGAAUCUGCCACGCUGUUUCUGAGCUGGCCGCGUUUGCUCUCUGUUCUUGUGCCGUUUCUUUUCUUCCAUUUGACUUCACAACGUCGCGAGCGUCUGCCAGCGUGGUUGAACUGACUUCUGAGGGGAGCUUAAUCUAUGUAAAUCUUUUGGCUGCUUGUUUGUCAAGUGGUUGAUCAGAGACGGUUCACAGUCGGCGUUCAAGGGGGACUUCGAGGGCCCUCAUGUUUUGUUUUUGUCAAGUAGACUUGGCUCGCAUAUGUCGGAGCAGCACCGCCGUCCCUGUGGAUGUUUGAUUCCGCCGUUUAGCGAACAGGUGACACUCUGACAUGUGAUGACUUGGGUCGCCUUUGGUGGAUCGAGAGAAACGCACUGUUUAGACCAGCUGAUGUUUGUGUGAGGUGAAGCCGCACAGCUGCUCUGAUGUGUACUCGCCCUUUGUAUAAACAUCUUUCUUGUGAUUCUAGACAUGAUCGGCUUAUAAUUUUCAUUCCAGCUACCAUUGUCUCCCCUCGCCAUUAAUCGUCUCCCGCUACAAAGCCAAGUUAUCUUCUGUUUCUUCUCGACAAGAAAAGGAAAUGCCUUCCUGCAGCCUGUUAUCAAUUGAGCCCUGGUGGUUGGCGGUGGAUCACGUUCAGUCUUUGAUAGCUCGGAGGUUCUGGCAGCUGAACUCCCCCUCUCUCCUCUGCUUCUUGCUUUGGUCUCGCCUCUUUUCCGUCCUCAUCAUCUGGCUGAUAAUCGUCGGGGGUAAUUGAAAGCAGCAGCAGACACCGUAACAUCCGGUUCAGUCCACUCUUGUGUUUUUAUCCUGAAAUAAAGGGGUGUGGGAUUCAUCAAGACUCAAGUGGUUUUUGAUUAAACUAUUGUUGCCUGUUGUUUUGUCUGUUUGCAGAGCUCAUGCCCGCUUUUAAGCGCGCCUCUUCUUCAUGGAUGAAUCAUGAGUGCACAGCAGAGCUCGCAGUUUCAAUGCGAAGUGUCAGUGAGUGACGGCAGCGGGUUACAUCACACGUCAAUAACAAAAAAACGACCUCAGCUCACCUUCCUGCUCACUGUCACAUCAUCCAAACGACCACUCUGUGUUUGGGAAAGUUCCUCGUCUUAUUAUUUACUGCACAGGUGCAUCAAAAACCUGCGGGGGCCUCAGUGCACAGAGCCCCAUUAUGCACAGAAACUAGCUUUUUAUUUAUAUGAUGUUCUUGGAAACCAAAUAGAUCCUUUUUAUGGGAGCGGAGUUGCAGCGGGCCUGGCCUCGGGCCCGUCUGAGGCCUGGUUCAGCACCGCUCUGCUCCGGCCUGGCCACAGAGUGCGUUCCUCUCUCAUGCAGCCCCUGACCUCCUGACGCAUUUCCUGACCCAGGAAAUAGAAUUAACACCUCAGCCUGGGCUUUUGGGGUCCCGGAGAAGCAUAACACAGCUGUCCAUUAGCCCGGGUCCAGUCCAGCAUGAUCCUGCUAGCUAAUGCACCUCUACAACUGAACCAAAGAUUGAGAAGGGAAGAAGGAGGCUUUCUUGGAGCUGGAGGAGCGCUUAUCCCUGUGUGUGUUCACCGUCUUUUUAUACUUAAGGGUUUAAGUGCCUCUGCGACUUUAGUAAAAACUGGAGAAAAAUAAAGAGGGCUGUUGAUCUCUUCUCCCAGAGGGACUACGGUCCAGUAAAACUCAAGACUGUGUCAAAAAUCUGUUCCUGUAAUCUUUUUAAUUCUGCUUCAAAUGAUCGAGGGCUCUAAAGUCCAAGUCGACUUAUUGGUCGAUACUUGCUGAGUCAACCAGAAUUCUGAUUGGUAUAAUUUUUUUCCCUGUCAAUUUGAAGUCUAUGGUUAAUUUCAUCAGCAGGCAGGCUGUUACCCGUUUCACAGGUAACAGCCUGCCUCAGAACACCCCCCUUGUUUCCACCAUUUUGGAUUUGCCCAACCCACUGAAGAGAUAUGAAGAUUGUAGAGCGUCCAUGCUAAUCAACAUCUGGUGGUUUGCUGAAUAUAAUAUUUGUGUUUAAUUGCCUUCAUGUGCUAAUAUCAGUAUAUUUUCACCCUGCUGAGCGGUGUUGUCCCCCGCCGCAGAGGGGUUUGCCUUCAGAGUCGGAAAAAUCUGAUGAUAAUAUCAUAUCGUGGCCCAAGUAUCGUGAUAAUAUCGUAUCAUGGCCCAAGUAUUGUGAUAAUAUUGUAUCAUGAUAAUAUGAUAUUGUGACCCAAGUAUCAUGAUAAUAUUGUAUAUAUUGUAUAUUUUCACCACGCCAAGCCACGUUGUCCCCCGCCGCAGAAGGGUUUGUCAUCAGAGCCAGAUCCCCCCCCCAGGCCCAUUUCACCACCAAUAUGAAAACUGAAACAGUUGAAUAAACUGUGUUGUGAUGUUGUGAAUCCUGCUGUUUAAUUCACACGAUAAUCAAAGUUCAUCCUUGUCAUGAACUCCUUUUGUGUUUUUAUCGCCCACGAUCAGAGCCUCAUGUUAUAAAAACGAAUUUUAUCAAGAUGGCUCUAUGUGAGGCUGAAACUCGACUUUUGUGUUGUGACAUAUCUUGUUCAUCAGACCUCGAUGGCUUAUCCCAGCCUAAUGUCCUACAAAAUCCAUAUGAAAUGAAACUCCCUGCCCUCCUCCAGUUUUUUUUUUUUUUUAAUAACAUGGUGGCUUUUAGACGUAUUGAAUGCGGUAAAUCUGGGUACUGGGCUUUAAACAGAGAAAAGUAGAUUAUCUGUUUAUUAGAUAUUUUAUAUGGACCAUAUAUCAGGAGAUAUGGAUCUAGAUAUUUCGUGGUCUAAGUGCUUUAUCUGGUUUCUUCAUUAGUCAAAGGCUCUUACACAGGCAGACAAACACACACACACACACACACACACACACACACACACACACACACACACACACACACACACACACAGAUUAGCCAGUUCCUGCGUUUAAGCACCCCAUGUGUUUGCAUUUUAGUCACACAUUGCCAAUCUCAUGGGAGCACUUUGAAGCGUACUCCUCCAGAGCAGAUCAUAAAACAGGAGUAUAAGUAGUUUUUCACAUAGUUGUAUCCCAGAACGCCCCCAACCGCCGGCACCUCCAGCGCCACCUCCCACCCGACAGCUCCGCGCACCACCUUCCACCUCCAGUCCAUUUACUCUGCGAGUAAAGGGCGAACGCUCUGUUCAGGGAUUUGCUCCCCGCAGUUUGUUUCCCUCCAGAUGUUGCGUAGAAAGUUAUAGAGGCAGCAGAAGUGCGAGAGUCUUUAUCGUUACAAAUCUACCUGGUUGUUUCCAUGUAUUUCUCCACUCAUUUGAAUUCAAUCUGCUCAUUGCAACAAACUUUUGCACCACAGAAACCAUGACAUUCAGACUUCUCAAACCUUUUAUGGUCUCGUUUGCUUUUGGACACUGUAAAAAAGCAUCAAUAUGAGUUUCAGUCUAUUUCAUAAAUGAAAAGUGUUCACUGCUUCUUAAUGUUGUUUGCAUGCCUGAGUGACAUGCUGUUUGUGUGUGCUGAGCAUUGACCUCCUGUCUUUUUUUCUUUCUGUCUCUGCAGUACUUUGAGGUGCCCUUCGACUCCAACAUGAACCGAACGAAGAACCGUCCACUCGUCAGAGGACAAAUCAGGUACCGUUUCCCAUCUUUAGGACCAUUUAACUGCAUGAAUUCAGCCUCGCAGCCCCGCUCUACUAUCAAGGCUUCAAAAAGACAGCAAAGACUGACUGGAGACUUACAAGAGGAGAGUGACACAACAGCUCAGCAUGAGUUCAGCUCAGUGCCAAAGCUACUGAGCAUCUCUGAGCCUCCCAGGCUGCCUGACGAACGCCAAAGCGAGCUUCUUUUUCAUGCUCGCUGACCUUAUCCUGAUCAUGUCCUGCAGAGCGACACACUUGCACGAGUCAAACAUAAACUUAUUGUGGGUGUUAUUCAGGCUUCGGAUGAUAAAAUAAUUCAUUGUUGACAGCAAACAAAGCCACAUCCAUAUUGAUUUUCACCCUCUUGCUCCGGCCCAUUGUUGACGUGCUAAAGCCAGUAAAGGAGUGCGUGUAGUAGUAAAGGAUCCCCUGGUUUACACCUGUCAGGUGUAAUAAUGGGUGGUUAUCAGAUAAGGAAGCAAGACGGAUUAGGUUGAGGUCAGGGUGUACUUCACCUCCUGACCGUCCUUCCUCCGCUGCCUCCUCUGUUUCGCUCUCAGAUAACCUCUGCAUUAGCGCUCAGUGAACUGCACACUCGCCUCUACCUUCCUCUUCACGCAGCGAGCAGACAAACAGAUCCUCACUGAUGCAUGAACCGAAAACCACACAGACAAACAGCAUGUCGCCUUCAGUUAUUGUCUCUGCUGGAAAACCGACUCCUUUGCAUUUCAGUCGGACAGGAAAAGCUUCAUGGGAGAACAAAAACAAACAACAGCCCAGUAUUGAAAACUAGGGGUGGGAGAAAAAAUUGAUACAGCAUAUUAUUGUGAUAUUUUGGCUGGUGAUAUGUCGUAUCGUCUCAUUUACCAAGUAUUAAUUUUUCAAAUUAAUUGCCAGUAUGAAGUCAAAUCUAUGAUAAUGGAAAAAUAAAAUCAGCUGUUUGUCCAGUGAGGUUGAGAGUUGGUACAACAAAUAUAUAUAAGGUUUGCAAGAUGUGCUUCAUGAAAAUAAAAUACAGCGUAAAUAAGACAAACAUAAAGAAAAGUCAAAUGCUGAAUUAGCUAAACAGUUGAAAAAAUUGUAUGAAUCACAAUAUAUUGUAUCACAAUACUCACUGUAUUGCAAAAUGUUAAAAUUGCAAUAAUAUUGUAUUGUGAUAAUAUUGUAUCAUGAUAAAAUCAUAUUCUGAUAACAUUAUAUCAUGAUAAUAUUGUAUCAUGGCCCAAGUAUCAUGAUAAUAUCAUAUCAUGGCCCAGGUAUCAUGAUAAUAUUGUAUCAUGCUAAUACUGUAUUAUGAUAAUAUUGUAUCGUGGCUCAAGUAUCAUGAUAAUAUUGUAUCAUGCUAAUACUGUAUUAUGAUAAUAUCGUAUCGUGGCCUAAGUGUUGUGAUAAUUUCGUAUCAUGAGGCCAUUAGUGAUUCUGACCCCUAAUUAAAAAAGCAUUAAAUCCUAUUGACACACAUGCUUAUUGAUUUAUACCAGCAGUAUAAGCACUUUGUGACUGUACAGCUUCAACUAGACUUUGACCUGCAGUCAUCUCAAACCCCAGUUUCAGGAAUCCUCCUUUCACAUCCUGUUUAAAAGCGUCUCUGGUGCUCUUGAAAUGCUGAUUGAAGACGUCGUCUUCGUCUAAACACCUCUCGGUAGUUUCCAGCCCGUCUCUGACACGAGGCGUGUGUCUGUCUCUGAGCAGAAACAUUAGAUCUCUUUAGAGCUCUUUGUCUCCUCUCGCUCGCUCACUCGUGUAAUCUUUUGUACAGACAGCGAGCAGAUGUGAGGCCGGACCGUCCUGUCAAACAAGCCAUCAGGCGGCCACAUUUUACACAUUCUCUGCGUCUCCUUUAGGACAGUGCUGCAUGCUAGCCAAAUGAUGCUACAGUGGGAGGAAACAGCCCAACUUUUUAUGCUAGGGUUACAUUAUGUGUUCUUCUGUGAAAUGGAGAUGACUGUGUUACAUAAUCCCGACAAAUGAGUAAUAUUAUUCGAGAGUCUGUGGUUAAAAAGCAUGUCGUUUAUACUUGAAGUUAGCAGGACAAACCCAACAGUCAGCUGAAAUACUGCUAUCAUCAUCACAUCUCCAGAGUCUCCUAGUUUGAGCAGUUUCACUUCAUAACCACAGCUCGGUUUAACUUCCUCCUUUCCUUGAUGAAUUUCUCUUACCUCCAGCUCUCUCUGCUGAGUUUAUCGCUAAAUCCAAAUAUCUUCUGUGCCAGGGAGAACUUUUUGAUGGAUCUCUUUCAGGAUUAGUCUGGUCAGUUUCCUCAGUGUAAACUAAUUUAACUUUCAGUCCUCAUUUUUUCUUUUUCAGCAACAAACCUCAGUGUUUGGUUGUAAAAAUAUCCUUAUUUUGUCCGUCUAGACUUUGCUCAUUUUUAUACUUUAUUCCCAGACAUUCCUUUGAGCGGUAAUAUUUGAAGGCUUGUACAUAUUUGGAAAGUUCAUAAAUGGUUGUUUUGUUUUUCCUUCCAUGACCGCUUGAACUUUUAACUGAGUUAAAAGUGAAGUACUCUUUAUUCUUUAUGGAGUAUUUCCCCUGUUUUAUACGCCUCAGUCUCCGGCCUUUUGACGUUACCAACCAGACUUUAAACGCUGUUUUCACACAUGCUCCCAAAUCCUGGAAAUUUCUGCAGCAAGUUGUCCUGAAACUUCCCAGAUUUUCCCAUAUGUGUGAAAAGCGCUUAAUACAGUAAACCCAUCUGAGUGUAUGUGACACACCCCCUCCCCUCGACCCCCGCCGAGCUCGCCACAUUGUCGACAGCCCGUAUUCAGCCGCCACGGCCCCACCUCAGCCCACAUAAAACACACGUAACACCACUAAUCACAUUAAUGCCUCGAUCUCCCUCCGCCAAAAUAAAAGCCCUGUGUGCACUCUGCAGAAAAAAAGGUCUGCGCUUGGUCAAGAUUUUAAUCUAUCCCUCUCUUUAAUUUAUGGAGCAUUUACUGGUGAAUUUGAACCAGACCUCAACAUCACUGCUUUCAAUAAAAGACGAGAAGAGGAGGAGGAGGAGGAGGAGGAAGUCUUCAUCCGGCUAAAAGCACGAGCCACGGUGGUUUUUCUUCAGCCAGUUUUGAUCUCAGGCAGGGCUACUCUUUUCUUGACAAACUCUUAUCAGAUGAGCUUCCUCUGUUUUGAGACCCGACCCUGAACGGUUGCUGAUUGUCAGUGUGUGGCCCACAUGGAUCCGCAUGUGUGUGAAACCUGUGCAGCUAUCUCUCUGCUAUCUUCUGUCUGCGCAAGCCCUCGAAACUUUAUCAUCCCGUCCCUCUGAGGGCAGUGACGGGCUUUUGUCUGAGUCUGAUCUGUGGAUUAUAACCUCAUCUUUCAACUUACCCUUAUACAUAUUUUCUUCUGAUUUUACAUUCUCUCUCUCUUUUCUCUGUAUCAGUCCCCUCCACGCAGUCUGCUUUGCUUUGGCCUGUGGAGUCCCUGGAGUCGCCCUGCUCACGGCGGCGGUAAACCCCCUCACGGGCUUCCUGGGCGCCCUCAACAUCUUCCUCUACACCUGCUGCUACACUCCGCUCAAGAGGCUGAGCAUCACCAACACCUGGGUGGGAGCAUUCGUGGGCGCAAUACCUCCUGUCAUGGGCUGGACGGCUGCCACGGGAUGUCUUGAGCCUGGUAGGGAUCGUGGCGUUAGUGGAUGCAUAUGUAUAAAAUAAAUGUUUGUCAUUGGGUUAUGUUGGGUUAAGAGACUUCGUAGGCUUUGCUAGGGCUGGGCGAUAUGGGCUCAAAUCAAUAUCACGAUAUAUUGAGCAGUUCACCUCGAGAACGACAGAUGGACGAAAACUACUCCCCAAGCUGCUCACCCCCUCCCACAUUAACUUCAGCCGCUACAAUUUUUGAACUGUUCUCCAUCUCCUCACCUGUCUUUCCCUCUUUGUUACGGACUGACAUAAGACCAUGACCUACCUACACACAUCCAAAACCAACUUUUAUUUAUCUUUUUGACACUGAAUAUUUUAACAUGGGCAAAAUGAUGUUGGUUUUUGUCGUAAAUUUUAGGAUCUGUAAAUUUUCGGUUUAUCGCCCAGCCCUAGGCUCUUCUUUCAUCCUUGAAAUCGCUGAACUUGCCGCUUUUUAUAGUUAACCUCUCUUGUUUUCUGCAUUUUUGCACACACAAUGCAUUAAUCUGCUGCUAUUAUGACGACCCAUUGCAGUCUCUGGCACACAGACGUCCUUAUUUAACAACAGACUUUAUUAUCUUAGAUCUUAGGUGAGAGAUACAGAACCAACAUGCUAAUGUGAACUCAAUACUUGCUCUAUUUCCAGUCUGCAGACGCUCAACUCCAAACAUGCCAUAAAAAAAUAAAUCCCUUCGAAGACAUACAUGUACAAGGUCGAGACUAACGGGGUCCCACCAUCCUGGAGAUGCUGAGAAAUGCAUUUGGGAUGGUCCAGAAUGAUAUGUUUAGGACUUAAGUAUGAAUACAGUGAGGCUUAAAUGUUCCAAAGUUUUAGGGUGUAGUAGUGUCACUCGCUCGGUUACUUUAAGAGUUUGUAAAGUUUACAGAUUUGUUUGUUGGAGUCGCAGUGAAAUGCGUCUUUUCUGCAGUUUUUUGUGCAAACAUUAGGAAAUAUUUAGUAAAAAGUUGUGAGUUUGGACACAUUAUGAAGUAAUUUCAAGUCUGAAACUUAUACUUAGUCCUGACCAUAAUGUUAACUGCAGUUCAAGUCUGUGUGUUUCUGCACUCAGACUCUUGUAAUCAGCAGACUGAGCUCCUCUCUGACCGUCCUCACUUCACUCUUCUUUGAGUUUUCUUUACUAACACUCUUAAGUGCUCUCGUUUCGAACGCCUUCAUUAUAAUGUACUCUGUACAAGAGCAUCUGCAAAAUGAUUGAAGCGCCGCAUCGGUACAUAGGGGGCAUCGAGAGGCUCGUUCAGCUUGUUUGUCGGACACAUUAAGUGUUCUGUUAUGGCAACUGGAUGGAGUGUGUUUCAUAACGUGGCUGACGUGUCACUGAGAAGUGCUUGCACAAGUCUCUGUUCAGGGUACAAAUAUUUGGCUGGCACUUCAUACAUGGAUAAUGGAUUUAUCGGAGUUAAAUCAGUCUUAUUUAUCUUAUUUUAUCAAAGCUGAUUUUAAGAGAUGGUUGUUUGUUUCACUGUCAAUCAGCUUUUUCAUGAGAGAUUUAAAAUAUACUCUUUUUAAAUUAUUUUUACUGUAUUUUUGCCAAAGCAGUGCUCAUAUUUAAAGGCACAGCAACCUGUUCAAUCUUCUUAUAGCAGCUGAAUAAAUAUGCUAUCAACACGUUUCAAAAAAGGUGGCGCAGGAACAAAAAACACUGAAAAAGUUCAUAGGGCUGGGUGAUAUGGCCUCAAAUCAAUAUCAUGAUAUAUUGAGCAGUUCACCUUGAGAACGAUAAAUGGACGAUAACUACUCCACAAGCUGCUCACCCCCUUCCACAUUAACUUUGUCUACUUCAGCCGCCGUUUCAGCUGCUACAAUUUUUGAACCGUCCUCCAUCUCCUCACCUGUUUUUCCCUCUUUGUUAUGGUCUGGAUGGGACAUGGACACAUCCAGAACCAACUUUUAUUUACAUAUAUCGACUCCGUCCAAGAUGACGUUGGUUAUUGUCGUAAAUUUCGGUAUAGGUAAAUUUUCGUUUUAUAGCCCAGCCCUAGUACUACCAAUAAAAAGUCCAAACACCUGAAAGAAAAUAAUUUAGGACUGGUUACUAACAUUAUUGAACCAUAAAUGAGAUUAAUAGACCAAUCAAGAGAGGGACUCCGUAAAAAACUGUGUUAGAAAGUAGUUCAACAACUUUCUUUAGUGUAAAACUGUAAAAAAAAAGAAUUUCUCCUCAUUUUUCUCACCCAAACAUUCAGAAAAUAUGGAGAAAUCUCUGAAUGGCCUUAACCCUCAGGUCCUAGGGUGGGGCCCCAUGAAAAACAGAUUUGACUCUUGAGUGGAAGUCACCGUAUGAGUUUAAAAUGACUCCCUUAAGGUUAAAACUGAACUAUGCAAAAAUCAUAUACAAACAUGAUCCAGAAACACUGGAGAAAAACUGUUUGAUGCAGUCCUACGUGAUAUCCUUGAGACAACAGUUAAAUCAAAAAAAUACACACUUUUGUGAGAAGUAUUUUUUUGCCAGUGCUGCAGAGAAUUAAUCUGAAAAAUUAAACCGCUAAUAAAAAACAAACUUCUUUUCAUAAAUAAAAACUAUGAAAAGGUUUUGUGAGGAUUAAGUUGUGAAAAACUUUUCUUUUAUCGCUGUAAUUCCAGAAAUUGUUACUUUUAUUUCACAGUUCACAACAUUAAAGUUUUAUUGUGGUACUUGGCCUUUGAUUCGGCUUGUUGGGUGUGAAUUAAAGGAGCAGGACAUUAAUUUAAGUCCCUCUCUCUCAGAUCAUUAAUCCUCUCCCUCCUCGCUCUUUCACCCCCCCCUCUCCAGGUGCCUUGUUGCUGGGUGGUUUCCUGUACAGCUGGCAGUUCCCCCACUUCAACGCCCUCAGCUGGAACUUGAGGGAAGACUACUCCCGCGGCGGCUACCGCAUGAUGUCCGUCACCCACCCGGGCAUGUGCAAACGCGUUGCCCUGCGUCACAGCCUGGGUCUGAUCGGCCUGUCCACGCUGGCUCCCGUUUUGGACGUCACGACCUGGACCUUCCCCGUCAUCUCCCUCCCGAUCAACCUCUACAUCAGCUUCCUGGCCUUCCGCUUCUACCGCAGAGGAGACCGCAACAGCGCCCGCAAGCUGUUCUUCUGCAGCCUGUGGCACCUGCCCAUGCUGCUGCUGCUGGCGCUCACCUGCAAGAAGUCACGCAAAGACCCCGGGGAUCCAGCUCUACCUCCAGCUCCUUUACCUCUUGCACUGCAGAGCUAGCUUAGCCUCAUAAACAGACAGACAGCCUUAAUUUAACCCCGAGUGUCUCUUUUAACCACUUUGUUCUCAGAGCAGCUGGAUGAUGUACACGAUGUAAUCUGUGUUUUAUUCAACACUGCGGUGCUCAGUGUUUCAGAUCAGGAAAUGAGCUGGAUCAAACUUAGCAGGACACACACAGGAUUACCGCACCAGGUGGUGAUCAUUUCAGAGUGUGUGUACUUACUGUAUAUAUUCUGUAUUUAUUUAUGUAGGGGCCCAGCCGUUCCUCUCCAUGUUGUACAUGACUGAUGUUCGUGUAAAUUGCUCCUAUGGAUCUACACAGGGAUCUCUGUGUGCAGAUUUACAAUGCAAUGUACAAAGCAACAUAGAGGAGAAGAAAAUAUAUAUAUAUAAUUAUGACCAAGAUUAGGGCUUGAGUUUGGUCAGUCGAAUCUGAAGUGGCUUUUUGAUAUUAAAGGGAUAUUCUGACGUAAAAUUAAUUUAGGGUCAAACACACGGUAACACCGAGUUAGACACCCCCUCGAGAGAUGAAUGUUGCCGACUUGCUUGUUAUGCAAACUUUGAUAACGACCGCCGGAUAGCAAUACACAGCGGUCUGAGCAGCCAUAAAGAAACCUCACCCAAAACGCCACUCUAUAACCACAAAUAAUGCUCAGAACAGCACCUAACUUCAUCAACAGUACAUAUAUGGGCCAGAGCACUAACAUCUUUAACUUUGCCUAAUUUCUUUAGCAAAGAGACUAAACACAACUCACCUACUCUCUUCCAGCAGCCACUUGUUUGUAGAGAGACCUCAGGCUAGUCCAUUACGGACUACAGUGGGGUGAUGCAGCUCAAGGAAGAACAUUUAUGAUCAUUACUUUAUCAUUUCCAUUAAGUCAGUGAUCGACUCGUCAAGGCUCCCCCACAAACAAGCGGCUGCUGGAGGAGAGUAGUUGAGUUGUGUUUAGUCUUUUUGUGACAGAAAUUAGGCAAAGUAAAAAAGAUGAUUGGUGGCUAGGACCCUAUAUGUACUGUUGAUGAAGUUAGGUGCUGUUCUGAGCAUUAUUUGUGGCUAUAGAGUGGCGUUUUGGGUGAGGUUUAUUUAUGACUCUUCAACCACUGUGUUUUGCUAUCGUGCGGUCAUUACUAAAGUUGGUAUAACUAGAGAAGCAAGCAGUCGGCAACAUUCAUCUCUCAAGGGGGUAUCUAACUCGGUGUUACGGUGGGUUUGACCCUAAAUUAAUUUUACACCGGAAUAUCCCUUUAAGCAGCCAAGGUCCUUUAUCAGAAGUUGAGUAUUUACAUUGAGCUAGAGGCAGCUCAGCUCGCAGCCCCUUCUGAAAUCCCAUCCGCACCAAUGAAAAACACUGUUUUUACUGGUUUUGAGAGGUCACACCCUCUUUGGAUAACUCUGCUCAGGGUUUAAAUCUGGUCACAAGAAAAGUUCACAGAUUCAACUGACAGAAACUGAGUUUGCCGAUGAUUCUGACGGUCAUCAUGGAAACGCUUUCAAAGUUUGCUUUCAGGGUAUAAAAAUAGGACUCAUCUAAAGUUCUUCUAAUACAGCUGUUGUUCGACUUUGACCUCAGCCCUCUUACUUGACAGUUUGUACGCCUCAUUGUAUUUUCGCUGCUCUGCAAACACACGCUGAUGGCUCAUUUACGUAAUGCAACACGGUUAAUUCAACACGGUUGUGAUUCACCAAAACAAAGAGAAUACUUAACCUCUGUGAGGAACAGAAGGGUAAAUAUUCUCCGACAAUAAAACACGCCAUGAUUGUAACUCUG